AUUUUGUGCAAGUCGGAAUAAUAAUUAAUUAUUCAAACAUCUCUUCUUCUACAUCUCAAUAAUAAUCUCGAUUGCUCAAUCACACUCACUUCUCUCUCGCUUUCAAAUUUCAAUCACAUACACACACAACUAUACUUACAUUAUGGCCACGAGUUACAGUCCCAAUCGGAGCCCCGGGAGCUCCAGGUUACAGCUCGGGAGUAUGUCGCGAUUGAGAUCGUCGUCGGUCAAGAAACCGCCGGAGCCGCUCCGCCGCGCCGUCGCGGAUUCGCUGUCGCUGUCGCAUCCCGGCAAUCCCUCCGCCGUUGCCUCCGAAGCGUUUCGCAUUCUAAGGGAUUAUCUGGCUGCACAAACGACCACCGACUUGGCUUACAGUGUAAUCAUAGAACAUACACUUGCAGAGAGGGAGAGAAGCCCAGCUGUAGUAACAAGGUGCGUGGCACUCCUGAAACGGUAUCUUCUACGAUAUAAGCCAAGUGAGGAGACAUUACUACAGAUAGACCGGUUUUGUGUGAGCAUAAUUGGCGAGUGUAAUAUUAGCCCCACUAGGAAGUUGUCAACAUGGUCGAGAUCUUCAAGUAAAUCUGGAGCUUCAGCAACAUCUUCAAAUAUAUCUCCGUUGCCCGUGUCAAGUUUUGCAUCAGGAGCACUUGUUAAAUCUCUAAAUUAUGUUCGUUCUCUAGUGGCUCAACAUGUCCCAAAACGAUCAUUUGAACCUGCUGCUCUUACUGGUGUUCCUGCAACAUCAAGGCAAUUACUCCCGUCGUUGUCAUCUCUGUUGAGCAAGUCUUUCAAUUCCCACCUGAACCCUGCUGGUGCUAAAGACUCUUCAGAUCUCAAAGAAGGAUCAGCUGCUUCUGUUUCAAACUCACCGAUUAUCGAGACAGUUGACGGUAUAGAAGGUCUCGAGUUCAUAGCCUUUGAUAUUUUCAAAUGGCGUUGGCAAGGACAUCAGCGAUUAUCACUGCUUUCUCCUGAUAGUGAACAUAUUAUGAAUUGCCAAGAGGUAAGCAAACACAGUUUUCUUGAAGUUGGUGCGGCUGCACUCCUUGUUGGAGACAUGGAAGCCAAAAUGAAGGGUGAACUUUGGAGAAGUUUUGGGGCAGUUGAUAUGCCCUACUUUGAUAAAUUGCUCCAGACUUCAUUGCUUACAACUGUAACGAACUCCGCCUCUGCCCGUGCCCAUAUGAGAGCAAUAACAGCAUCUAAACGCUCUAAGACAGGCUCUCUACAAAUAUGGGAAGAUUCACAUGUGAGCACUUACCGCCCACGUCCUCGACCACUAUUUCAAUACCGCCAUUACAGUGAACAGCAACCAUUAAAGUUAAAUUCUGUGGAGGUGUGUGAGGUCAUUGCUGCUGUAUGCUCAGCAACACCUUCUCCGACCGCUAACCUGAUGACCAUGACGUCUAAAUUAAGUAGCAGCAGUGGAAAGCCAUCGAUGGAUGUUGCCGUGAGCGUCCUUAUAAAACUUGUUAUUGACAUGUACGUUAUGGAUUCUGCAACAGCGGCUCCUCUGACUCUGUCAAUGCUAGAGGAAAUGCUUAAUUCUCCUCUUCUAGACUCAAAAUCUCGUGCUUUUGAUUUGAUUUUAAAUCUUGGAGUGCACGCUCAGUUGUUGGAGCCUUUGGUAGCAGAUGAUGCUUCCACUAUUGAAGAAGAAUAUUCCCAUGAACCAUAUCUCGAUAGCGAAACACAACUUGCAAAUCAAGGAACAGUAAAGCCAGACUAUUACAAGACAGCGAACUCCUCAGCUAUCGAUAAGUUUGAGUCUUGGAUUUUGGGUAUAUUGUACGAGGUUCUACUACAUCUUGUUCAGAUAGAAGAGAAGGAAGAAUCUAUUUGGGCUUCUGCUCUGAGCUGCUUACUCUAUUUUGUCUGUCAUAGGGGAAAAAUCCGCAGGAGCAGAUUAGAGGGUCUUGACGCAAGAGUAAUUAAGGUUCUUAUACAAGUUAGCAGAAGGAACUCCUGGGCAGAAAUUGUCCAUUGCAAGCUUAUAUGCAUGUUAACAAACAUGCUUUACGAAGUUCCUGAUGGACCUACGACUUCAACUUUGGCUAGUCCUAGAAUACUUGUCGAGCAGGUAGAUCUGAUCGGAGGAAUCGAAUUUGUCUACAUAGAGUUUGUGCUUGCAAAUCUUAGGGAUGACAGGAGAAAUCUGUACAUGAUUCUUCUCGACUAUGUUUUGCAUCAAAUAAACGAGGCAUGCUUGGCUACUGGAGUUUCUGAGUACAGUGAUGACGAGAGUCAAGUUAUUGCAACAUUGCUUACUCUCGCAGAUGCACCCGAAGCUUUACAUAUUUCUGUCAGGCUUGGGGUGGAUGGCGUUGGGGACCUCUUGAGAAGAUCAGUAGCUGCUGCCUUGUCCAGAUAUGCCAACUGUGAUAGACUGAAUAUGCUCCUAGAAAAGGUUAUUGAGAAGUUUGAUACCCUUGUUCGUUCACUUUCUAAUUUGGACACAGAGUUUACCCACCUGAGACAUAUCUCUAAAUCUCAUACUUAUCUGGAAAGUAUAGAGGAUGGGGUUCUAAGAAAUGAUGUUUGCAUGAAAGCGAAACUUGCAUGGGCCACUUUACAUUCUCUCCUUCAUUCAGAAAGGGUUCCGUAUCGCCAAAAUGGGUAUCUAUGGUUAGGUGAUUUGCUCAUGGCAGAAAUCAGUGAUAAGAAGGACGCAAUAUGGUCAAAUGUAAAGAACUUGCAGCAAAAGAUCGCUCUUGCUGGUGUCAAUGAUUAUUCAGAGGAUCUGGAAGUCCCCAUAUCAAUUUGGCUUUUAUGUGGACUCCUGAAGUCAAAAAAUAACCUCAUCAGAUGGGGCUUUCUAUUUGUUCUCGAUAGGCUUCUUGUAAGAUGCAAAUUUUUGUUAGAUGAGAAAAAGAUCCAGCAUCUAGGCAAUGAUGUGUCUGAUCAAUUACAGGAAAAGAGUCGUCUUGAGAAAGCAAGUGUAGUAAUAGAUGUGAUGAGUACUGCAUUGUCCUUGGUGGCUCAGAUAAACGAGACAGACCGCCUAAACAUUUUGAAGAUGUGCUAUAUUCUAUUUUCUCAACUGUGCCUGAAAGUCCUCCCAUCAAGUUCAAUGUCACGUGGAGAUACACUGCAUGAUGAUGCUAAUCCAGGAACUUUAUAUGGGGAGGAUCCCAUGGAGGAUACAAAAAACAAAUUUGGUAGCAAGAAUGAUACUUUAACAAGUGAGACGGCAUCAAUGGCUGCCCUACUACUCCGAGGACAAGCUGUUGUACCCAUGCAAUUGGUUGCACGAGUCCCUGCUGCUUUGUUUUACUGGCCUUUGAUCCAACUUGCCAGUGCAGCAACAGACAACAUCGCAUUAGGUGUUUCUGUUGGUAGUAAAGGUAGAGGAAACAUUCCUGGUGCCACAUCUGAUAUAAGAGCAACACUUCUCUUACUUUUAGUUGGCAAAUGCACUGCUGAACCUGCUGCUUUCCAAGAAGUUGGUGGUGACGAUUUCUUUAGGGAGCUCUUGGAUGAUACAGACUCUAGGGUGGCAUAUUACUCUUCAACUUUCCUUCUAAAGAGAAUGAUGACAGAAGAACCAGAAAGUUACCAACGGAUGCUUUCAAACCUUGUUUAUAGAGCUCAGCAGAGCAACAAUGAAAAGUUGUUGGAGAAUCCGUAUCUUCAGAUGCGAGGGAUACUUCAGUUAUUAAAUGAGUGAUUUGUCGAUUUGGGUUGUGAAUUUUUGCUCAUCUUGGAAAAUGCUGCUGGCAAGUAGUUGAUGCGGUUGUAAUUGAAGUCAUGAUUUUUUGAGCAGGCACUACUUUAAUCUUGUGUGUACAGCAAUGCUUAUCCAGCUGAUUUAGCAAGGGAUGUUGAUGAUUAUGCAUUCCUCAGAAGGGCAACCUAUUACUGACCCUAGAGGGAAUUUAAAAUUGAUACUUCUAUAUAUUGGGAUGGGAGAUCACUUCAGGGAGCGAAGUUAAAAAGACCUGAAACUGAUAUGUAGAUUUAUAUCAGGAUGGGUACUGGAGGAAAAUUAUUCCAGAGGCAUGCACAGAUUACCCAAUUUCCUACUGGAAGCAUCGGAUCUUCGGACCAUCAUCAGGCAGGUCUCGGUAUAUGAAGGCUUUCACUUGAAGGAAACGGAGGCAAGCUGAUGCAGCAAUUUGAUUCUUCGACAGGUAAGGGACCGGAGCUUGUGAAGCGGCCACCAAUCUGAAUUCUUCUUUAUGACAGGAAACUAACAAGUUCAAUUGGAGUAGGCUAAAAAGGUCUGUAUAGUUCUUGUUUAGUUGUUUCUACUAGUGACACAGUUUUGGUCUCUGCCUUUUCAUCCCACCCAUUUAGCGUUGACCCUUUUUCUUUUUGUUUCUGAGGUUGUAAAAUAGUUGCUAGGAAAUUUGGUUGUAAAAGUGUACAAAAUCCUUACCCCUUUUUUCUGAGGUUUAGUUUUAAAUACUAACAUGUCUAAGUUACUUCCUA